GAAAGAAAUCCACACCAGCGUCUGCGGCCGCUCGCGCGCUGAAGCCUCUGCCACAGCGUUUCGCCGUCAGACGUGCGCUGCGCCGAGGGAGUUCGCUGGUCGGUGGUCGCACGUCGUCCUGGAAAGGGAAAAUGCAGCCCCAGCCUGCUUUGUGAAAACCGUUGAAUCCUCUGAGCUCCACUGUCACGUUCCACGUGAUGAUGCUCUGCAGAACGCUGCUGUGGCAGUCCUAGAGUGACCUGGGUGUGGCGGCGGCCGUCACUGCUCAGAAGAGGAUGAGCGGAGGAAACGGUUGGGAGGCAGCGGAGGGACAAUAGGUGGGGUUUUCUCUGCAGCUCGUCGCUAUAAAUGUCAUCAGAGGAGGUUUCUGAAACACAGCUGGGUGGAAGCUGGCAGUCAGAGGAGCUUGAGUCUGCCCUGCGACAUAUGCCUGGAUUACUCCACACAAAGGAUAUUCAGAAGAAUAUCAACUGCACCACUGCCACCAGCCCUCCCUCCACCGACCAAACCGAGCUCCAUCCACUCAUGGCCGACUCUCACCAGCCGCCUGAGAACCCGCAGGCUCCCGCCAAGGAGCAGGCUGCAGGAGCCACGGCGCUGCACAGGGCCGCGUCCCGCUUCCUCAAAGGGGCGUCCUACUUCGCCGGAGACAUGAAGGUGUUCGGGAAAUGGAUGGAAAAACAGUUCAUCCUGCUGCAGCUGCUGGACUGGGUCCUGCGCGGAGCCGCUCAGGUCAUGUUCGUCAACAACCCGCUGAGCGGCCUCGUCAUCUUCGCGGGCCUCGUCGUGCAGAACUACUGGUGGGCCCUGAACGGGUUCGUGGGCACGCUGGCCGCCACCGUGUCCGCCCUCAUCCUGCAGCAGAACAGAGGUGCGAUCGCUGCCGGGCUGUACGGCUACAACGGCAUCCUAGUGGGUCUGCUCAUGGCAGUGUUCUCCGGCGCGGGGGACUGGUACUGGUGGCUCCUGCUCCCCAACGUCUUCAUGUCCAUGAUGUGCCCCGUUGUGUCCAGCGCCCUGGCCUCCAUCAACAGCCGCUGGGACCUGCCCGUGUUCACGCUGCCCUUCAACAUCCUGGUGUGCCUCCACAUGGUCGCCACCGGCCACUACAACCCCUACUUCCCCCAGGUCCUCAUCCAGCCCCGCUCUCAGGUGCCCAACAUCACCUGGGCUGAGAUGGACGUGGCGAAGCUGUUCGAGUCCAUCCCGGUGGGAAUAGGCCAGGUCUACGGCUGCGACAACCCCUGGACGGGGGGCAUCUUCAUCAUCUCGCUCUUCAUCUCCUCCCCCAUCACGUGUGCUCACGCUGUCCUCGGAUCGGCGGUGGGAAUGGUGUCGGGCCUGGCGCUGGCAGCUCCUUUUAAAGACAUUUACUUCGGCCUCUGGGGGUAUAACUGUGUGCUGGCCUGCAUCGCCGUUGGAGGCAUGUUUUACGCUUUGACCUGGCAGGUGCACCUUCUCGCCGUUACUUGUGCUUUUUUCUGCGCGUACCUCGGCGCGGCCAUUUCCAACAUCAUGUCCAGGUUUGGCCUUCCAGCCUGCACCUGGCCUUUCUGUCUGUCUGCGCUCACCUUCCUCCUCUUAACGACGGGCACCAACAGGAUCUUCAAGCUGCCACUGGCCAAAGUCACGUACCCCGAGAAAAACCUCCACUUCUUCUGGAAGCUCAGGAAGCAGGAGAAGCAGGAGAGGGCUCGGAAGGAGAUGGAGGAUCAGCAGAAAGCGGUCGAAGAACAAGACAAACUAAAUGAGAAAGAGCAACUGAGGCUGGAGAUUGACAGACAGGAAGAAGGACGAGCAGCAAGUGUGUCGGAAGAAAUCAGAAACCCAGACGUAGCAGAGGUCACGUUUGCUGAUUAUGUGUGAGGCUCCACUUCAGUAAAAGAAAAGGACAAAACUGCUACUGAUGAAUGUAAUGUGUAUAUAGUGUAUGUAAUAAGUGUAAAUAUUAGAGAAACUGGAAAAUAAAGGUUGAACUGGCUGAUAUUUUGCUGUACAAGUUCACUGUAUAUUUUAAUCCAUUUAUUUACUUUUGCAAGGAAAGCUUGAAAUUGAAUAUGAAUUUCUGUAAUAAAAAGGUAUAAAAGG